AUGUCUGCCAAGCUCGAGAAAAAGACCAACCUGCGUAUCGAUCUCGUCGAGAGUGACCUGCAGAGCAAGGUCGACCGCAAGGCAUUGACCGGCGCCAUCGACGACUCGUGGGCGCGCAAGCAAGAAGUCAUCGAAUCCAACAUUGCCAAGAAACUCGAGGACAAGGACAAGAAGCGUACCGAUCAACUCGUUUUGGCAUUUGAUUCCAAGGUUGACGGAUUAAAAGAUAAGAUCAAGACUGUUGAAGUCAACUUUGUCGAUGUGUCGAGUGACGUUAGAAAACUUAAACUUGAAGGAAGCUCGACGGGCACGACGACAUCAUACCGCUCGAGCGUGUCGUUGCCAGUCGCACCGACAUUCAACAAGAACGAAGUGUUGGACGAGAUCAAAAAGGUCGAGCAGCAACUCAACCAAAAGCUGUCCAAGAGCGAGCAAAAGACAGCCGACGACAUUACACAGACACGCAGCGAUCUCAGCGACCUGCAGCGCAAGGUCAAGUCGACACAGAACGACCUGCUCGACACCAAGACACAGACCGACAAACAAGCCGGCAAGAUCAAGCAGAUCGAGGACGACCUCCGCAAGAGCGAUUCACUCUUACUACUCGUCCAAAACAACCUCAAGAAACACACCGAGUUUAUCGACAAGGAAAAGGAGCGCGAGGCCGAGAGACAGCGUCUGGUCGACAGCAUCAAAUUGCUCGAAGAGAAUCAAAAGAAAAUCGCUGCUGAAAUUGCCGAAGGUAACGAACAAGUCGAACGUGUCUUGCGUGAAGAAGCAGCUGCCGGUGCAGGCUCGGGAAGCGGAUCAAUCAACAAUAGUAUUAGUAAUGGAGGUCGCGAAAGAGAAAGAGAUAGAGAUAUAUCAUCACACUCUCCCAUCUCUUCGCCAGCCGUCGUUUCACCAUCAUCUUCAUCUGUACCACGUUCACCACUUUUAUCCAAACGCAAUUCAUCUGCUUUCACCUCUUCACCUCAAAUCACUUCACGAUCACCUUCAUCUGAUCUAAGUAAUGAUGAAGGUGAAAAUGGUAUCUUAUGGGAAUAUGAUCCAAUCAUUGAUAAAUGGAUUAGAUUAUCAAUUAAAUUAAAGGUAGAAAGAAGAGCAUUUGCAGAAGGAGCAUUGAGACAAGCAUAUCAUACAGUAUCAUUGGGAAUAUCAAAUGACGUAAAUUAUCCGUUGGGUACCAAACAUAGUUUCCCAGCGAUUGAAUCGAUUUCACCGGUAUCGUUGCGUAAUGAAGCGAGCAAUCAAUUGCAGAGUGGUACCAAGUUUGUAUUGAAACUCUACAAAAAGGAGGCAGAACAACAGACUAGUCGUGAAUUAUACUUUGAAGAUGUCAAGAUGCAGAUGGUGUGUCGUGACUGGGGUCAUAGAUUCAACCAAAAGAAACCACCCAAAAAGAUUGAGUUUUGCAUGUCUUGGGUGGUCGAGUUGGUCGACCGUGGCAGCACACCCGUGUUGUGUUCGAUCGAGCCACUUUUAGUAGGAGAGUUUAAAAAGAACAAUAGUAAUUAUGGCGCCGUGUUGACGAACCGGUCGACACCACAGGCAUUCUCUCACUUUACCUAUGAGAAUUCCAACAAGCAAAUGAUCAUUAUCGACAUUCAAGGUGUCGACGAUCUCUACACUGACCCACAGAUUCACACUGGCGACGGAAAAGGAUUUGGUUUGGGUAACCUCGGAAAGACUGGUAUCAACAAGUUUAUCACGUCCCACAAGUGUAAUGCUGUUUGUGCAUUGCUCAAUUUGGAUGUCAAGCUUGGUGGGUCGUCGCUAUUGUCCAAACAACAACUCAACAAGGGUACGAUGAUCAUGCCAGAUAUUGUGGGCGACUUGGAGAGCGGUGAUUUGGCCGUCAAGGUCGGCGCCAACGAGUUGCCACGUGCCGACUUUGGACGCAAGGAACUCAAGUGUGUCAACACGAUCCAGUCGUUCCGUGAGUCGAUCAACGCAGUCUGCUUCUUUGACAAUGACCGUUAUGUGUGUGCUGGAUACGGUGAUGGUGUCAUGCGUGUCUUUGAUCUGCACAACAACUGGCAGAUUGCUCAGACAUUCUACUGCCACCGCAAGCCAAUCGUGUCGGUCUGCGCCAACUCCAAGUACAUCUUUACAUCGUCGCCAGACCAGACCAUCAAGGUGCAUUCGCUCAAGAACCCACACAACGUGAUUCAAACGUUUAUCGGGCACUCGGGAGAGGUCAGUUGCAUCCGUGCCAACGAGACGCAUCUAUUCAGUUGCUCCUACGACAAGACCAUCCGUGUCUGGGAUCUCACCACCUUCCGCGAAGCCAAGACUAUGGAACAGAUGCAUACCAAGUACAUCAAGACGUUGUGUCUGUCGGGUCGAUACCUCUUCUCGGGUGGCAACGACCAAACCAUCUAUGUCUGGGACACUGAAAACUUUACCUGUCUCUUUAACAUGCCGGGUCACGACGACUGGGUGCUCAGUCUCCACGUCGCAGGUGCCUACCUCUUCUCCACCUCCAAAGACAACCAAAUCAAGAUCUGGGAUCUCACCGACUUCCAUUGCAUCGAGACACUCAAAGGUCAUUGGAACAGUGUCUCUUCCUCUGUCGUCAACGAUCGUUUCCUCUACUCUGGCUCUGAAGAUAAUUCCAUCAAGGUUUGGGAUAUGGAUACUCUAGAGUGUAGUUAUACAAUGCAAAAGGCUCAUUCCCUUGGUGUCAAAUCUUUGGCCUUUUAUAAAUCUCAAUUAAUCUCUUCUUCUUUUGAUGGUUCAAUCAAGAUUUGGGAAUGGGCAUCAAGAUAA